CAAAGGCAUGCCGACGGAAGGCACGAGUACCCGCCUCUUGGUAGGCACGUACACACGCAAGGAAGACCAUGUGGAUGGACAAGGCAAGGGGAUCUACACCGUAUCCAUCGAUCACGCAUCAGGGAAACUGACGUUGAUCCAUGUCAAUGACAACACGGGAAUCAACCCAUCGUUUGUCGUCGUCAAAGCCAACGCCGUGUAUGCCGUCAACGAACACUCCGACACGCUCAAAGACACUUUCCCCAAUGGUUCCGGCUUGGUUGCGUCGUUUAGUCUGGAUAACCUUGGCAGGCUCACGCGUACGUCCGAGCAUCCAUCCCGAGGGGGGUUUCCGUGCCAUGUGUCCAUCGACCCCACCAAUUCGUUUGUCGCCGUGGCCAACUACGGCGGCGGAAACGUCACCGUGUUUCCCAUCGAUGCUCAUGAUGGUAAACUCCAUGACCACUCGGGCUUUGCGCAGAUGACUGGGGCCAGUUUGGCGAACCCCCAACGCCAGGACGGCCCACACUGCCACAGCACGACGUGGUUGUCCCGCAGCACCCUGGCUGUCCUCGACUUGGGCACCGAUACCAUCUCACACCACUUGGUGCAUGCGAAUGGGGCGCUGGCCAUCCAUCCCGACGCUCCAGUUGUGGCGCUUCCGCCUGGGUCUGGUCCCCGCCAUUUGACCUUGCAUCCAACGUUACCACUGGCCUACGUUGUACACGAACUCUCGAACAACCUCUCUGUCCAUUCCAUCGACGCCGCCGUCCUAUCGCCAAACCCCGUCCAAGUCGUGUCACUAUUGCCCCAUCCUUCAACCUCCCAAGACCAUGCAACGGUCGACGGUAGCAUCGCGGCGGAAGUUCGUGUGUCCAAAUGCGGUCACUUUAUCGUGGCGUCCAUUCGGGGCAUCGACCAACUCGCCGUCUUCCGCAUCACGUACCCCUCGGGGUUGCUGGCGGCGCCGCAGUUUGUGUCGACGCAGGGCAGCGUGCCACGUCAUUUCACACUCGUGGGAGACGAUCUUGUGGUCGUGGCCAAUCAAAACUCGCACUCGAUCGUGUCCUUCCAGCUGUCCCCUGCCGACGGACUCGUGCCCACCGGCCACGCGCUGCACAUUCCGUCGCCGUCGUGUGUGGCCGUCGUGUUGUAGUUGUGUACUAGUAGUAGCUAGUAAUACUAAAUCUCGACCACAAACAAGGACAUUGCCAUGAGGCGUCCGCGGGUUCCGUCCGUGACCCGGUUGCCUAGGACAUUCAAUCGAAG